AUGGCGCAAAUUGCUCUGCCACGGCACCAGGCUACACAGUCGCAGUCCAACAUUGGCGCUCCGCUCUACCAGCGCCGACAACAUGCCAAUGCAGGCCCCAUUGAGCUCAUCCCCAACCCGGAAUUCUCCUUCCCCAUGCGAGCACCAGACACAGCUUCUUCUGAACCGGCACCCGCAAACGGACGGCCAAUGUCGCUACAAGCAUAUCCACAAGGCCGCCGAGGAUCUAUGCCGCACCGCAGGCAAAAGUCCAUUAACGCUCUGCCAGACUUUUCAUUCAACCCUGCAGGAGCAGCAAAGCCAGCAAAGGAGCCCUCACCACCACAGUCACCCGCUACACUGGCCUUACCAGUGACUCCCACAAAAACGACCCAUGGACACCGAAGGGGUGGAAGCGAAUUCAUCGGUGGCGAUGUUCGACCUGGCGGAACCGCACCCAUGAGCAGCAGCCCUACAAAAGGAGACGAUGUAUUGCCUGUGCCGAGCGCCACACUGCGACCAGGCCCUCCUGCAGGCCGCCGUGGACACGCCCAUCGUCGUUCAGGCGCCAUUUCUUCUCAUGACCUGACUACAAUUAUGCAGCCUCCUGUGCCUGGACCUACACCCUCGCGAACCGGCAGUGCGCCCAGCACACCCUCCGAGGGCAAACCGUUUCCGCUAGGCCACAAGUUCAACAGGUCCAUUUCUCAGCCCUCACUACGCGAGAAUCCUUCAGACGAGGAUGGCGCGCGGCCACCAUCGAGGGCUCGGGUCACUUUCUCUGAUAGGAUCGAGACGAUCCGCCCGCUUUCGACUAUAUCCUCCGAAACAGAGGCUACAAUGUCACUGCGUGGACAUUCGGCCGCCAACAGUCUUUCAUCCAUCGUAGGCUGCGGCAGCCCGCAACCUGCUCGAUCCGGACGCCCUUGCCCUUCAUUACACACAGUCGAGGAUGAGGACAGCCGACCAAGCACUGCUGGAGCAGUGUUGGAUAUGUUCGUUAGUGGCCGUAUGAAUGGCGACACGUCCGAUCGCAAACGACCCGUGUCUGCUCUUUCUCCCGUUUCGCCCACGACUCCCACCCCGAAACUCCCCUCCAAGCGACGGAGCCUGUUCCACAAGGAUUCUCGCCGGGACUCUAGCGCGCAUCCAACACUCCCUACCAGCGCAUCCGAUCCCGCCCUCUCCAAGUCUUUCGAUUCCCCACUCACCUCUCCAAUGGCUGUUGACGAACCGGCGGCAGAAGCUAUCGAAAAGCCGAAGAGCGUCGCGCGCAAAAUGGGCCGCAAGCCGCGUAAGGUCAAGUCUUGGGCGAAUUCAAUCAUUACCAGGAAGGGAAAGCACAGCAAGAGGGUAAAGGCGCGGUCCCCAACGCCACCUCCAAUGGCGACCUUCAAUGCUGACGAAUCGGACGACUCGGAGAUGGAUUUUGAGCCCAAUUUCGACGAAGACACCACGGUCACGAUCGUCUCUCCUACCGAGGAUUCUACUCCCAGGAUCAAAAUCGACACAAACUACGCGUCUUGGCAGCCCCGUGCCUUGACACGUGUCGAUUCUGACAUUAUGAGCCCGGUAAUCGACUUGGAUGCAGCACUCGGACCCUUCAACACACCCAAUGGUACUAGCCCCCGAGAUCGCCAACGUGGCUUCUCGGCACAUCGACGGGCUAUGCACAGUGCCAGCGGUAUUGCACCCAGCCAUCGAAGGACGGAGAGCGCGCCUGAAUUGGUACCCUUUGAGCACCGAUCAUCUGCAAUUGCGAAUGCUUCUCCCAUGGACGACGUGUUCGAGGAGGAGGAGCCUGAGGAUGAUUUGACCAUGGUUUUUCCAACCAAGGAAACCAAGUCGGAUUCUGUUGUUGUCGGGACCCCUGAGCCAAAGAUUGCCGUCGUCGAAGCAGAGGUAAAACAGCACGGACCCGCGAUCAACUGGAACUUCAAUGACGGACUCUGUAUCAAGAGGAAUCUUAAGACAGCUGACUCUGAAUCAUCGGAGCCAGUAUCGCCCAGAGCGCUUCCUGUUCAGCAACUUCCAGAGCCUGAACCCAUCGAAGUUGUGGAAGACUACGAGGAACCCCGGACGUCUUCUCUGACGCACUCUUCCGAUUCUACAGUUACUCCUCAUGGGGGCGAAGACUCGCCAAAGCCACAUGAGCCUGUCAUGAACCUUUCCCUUCCACUCCAUCAGCAAAACAUCAUGACGCCUGAUACCGUUGCAUCGUCCUUCUCAUCGCCAGACUACCGUUCCAGUCAAAUCUCAUUCGAUACAGCACGUGGAGGCACUGCAGCUUCGUCCAUAACAGACUACCCUGUCAUGCCAUCUCCGCGCUUUGGCGAACCGGGUCCUGAAGUCCGCAUCUCUACCGAGGUGCCCUCUUUGACGUCGUCUAGGUCAACAAUGACGAGCGCAAUGCUGCAGAAUGCUUACCCACUUGCCAGCCCGCGUAGAAUUGGCGAUCGCACAUCAUCACUGUCCUCUGAUCCUAGCGAGAUCGAGUCGCGGCGUCGCAAGCGCUCUAGCAUUGCUAGUCUGUCUCGGCUGAUGGGGACGUCUUCAUCGUCAUUCAGCGAACGUAGCAAGCUUUCGAUUGAGCAACGACCGCAAUCCGAGCAUCGUGAAGCUCCCAAGGAAAAGAAGAAGAAGAACAUUGGAAGCAGACUUAGGAAGUUCUUCCAAAACACCACUCGGGACUCUUCUCCCGCCAGGAACCCGAAAUAA